AGAGAUGAUCCCAUUGAGAGAUGGCUGCCCGACUUCAGAUAUCAUACCUACCUGGGAUCUAUAACUCUGCGUUCGCUGAUGAGCCACAUGUCCGGACUCGGGCGAGACUGGCCAGCCGGAGACGCAAGCGGAGCGUGGCCACGCGCCCUAGUUGGAGGAGGACCUCCGCCCAUCAACAAUCUGGACUUUCCUUCUCUCGAGAUGGUUCUCGAAGCCAUUUCGGAGACAGCACCUAUCUCAGCACCGUAUGUAUACCCGGUGUACUCGAAUACCGGAUACUCGCUCCUGGGGAUGGCAAACGUGGCGGCUAACCGGGCUAGCGAGGGCCGAGGCGCUCCUACCUCUCAUGCGGGAUUAGUCGAGCGAGAUAUUUUUGGGCCACUCGCCUUCAACGGCACCUCGUUCCUGCCCAAUGAUGAUACAAUACAGCGCCUUGUCGUAGCAUCUGUUGCACCAGAUGAAGUGGACCUCGACUUUCAAGACCUUUCCAAUCCCGCAUGUGGUCAAAUGAGCUCACUCAGAGACCUCGUUCGCGCGAGCCAGAUGCUCCUCGACCCCGAGCGGGAAGGGCAAGUAAGCGUGAUCUCCGAACGCACACUCAGCGAGUGGCUUCGCCCCAUACAUUCAUGGUUCGACGGCUUCUCAGAGGUAGGGGCAGUCUGGGAGAUAUACUCGUCGAAGGACUCGUAUGGGCGCACACAGAAGUUGUAUCAGAAGUUGGGGGAGCUGGCAGGACACCAUACCGCCCUAACCCUCAACCCUGCCAGUUCCUAUGCGAUCGUCAUCCUCACGACGGGACCCACAUCGCAGACCACGGACCUGACCAACUUCGUCAUCAAGCGUAUCCAGUCAGUGUUUGAUGAGGAGGCAAGCGCGGCAGCUAGAUCGACAUUCGAGGGGACCUGGGAGUCGGACGAUUCCUUGUCGCGAGUCCAGAUCGCCGUGCAAAACGGUGCUCUCUUCGUGCGGGAAUACAUCCUGAAUGGAACAGAUGUGCUCGGUGUCCUGCAAAAUGCAAGUAUGCCAAAGCCGCUAGCCUUGUGGACAUUGGCACCAGGGGAGUUCCGGUAA